AUGUAUCGCACUGCAAUUUCACGAGCUAGGGCUCUUAAGGGAUCGUUAAGCCGAGGUUUGAGACCGGUGUCUCGAUAUGCGAGUUCUAGUGCUGUUGCGACUAGUUCCUCUUCUUCUUCGUCCGGAGGUUUCUUGAGCUGGUUGACUGGUGGUUCCUCUGGUAUGCUUACUUCAUUGGACAUGCCGUUACAGGGAGUAUCGCUUCCUCCGCCACUUGCUGACCACAUUGAGCCAAGUAAACAUAAGAUCACUACUCUUCCAAAUGGUUUCAAGAUUGCCUCGGAGAUGACUCCGAAUCCGGCAGCUUCGAUUGGUUUGUAUGUUAAUUGUGGUUCUAUCUAUGAGGCGCCUUAUUACCAUGGAGCAACGCAUUUGCUUGAAAGGAUGGCUUUCAAGAGUACGUUAAACAGGAGCCAUUUACGUCUUGUGAGGGAAAUAGAGGCUAUUGGAGGAAACACAUCGGCCUCUGCUUCUCGAGAGCAAAUGAGUUACACUAUUGAUGCUCUUAAAACCUAUAUGCCUGAAAUGGUUGAAGUUCUUAUUGACAGUGUGAGGAACCCUGCUUUCUUGGAUUGGGAAGUGAAUGAGGAGCUACGGAAGGUGAAGCUAGAGAUAGCGGAACUUGCAAAGAACCCUAUGGGCCUCCUCAUGGAGGCCGUUCAUUCUGCUGGUUAUUCAGGUGCAUUGGCAAAUCCUCUGUACGCACCAGAAUCUGCUUUGGACAAGUUAAAUGGGGAACUCUUGGAGGAGUUUAUGAUGGACAAUUUCACUGCUUCACGUAUGGUACUGGCGGCAAGUGGGGUUGAACACGAGGAACUUUUAAAAGUUGUUGAGCCAUUAACUUCUGACCUUCCUGAUGAACCUCGUCUAGCAGAGCCAAAAUCUCAAUAUGUUGGUGGAGAUUUUCGCCAACACACUGGUGAAGAGGCUACACACUUUGCACUUGCUUUUGAGGUGCCUGGCUGGAAUAAUGAGAAAGAAUCAGUCAUUGCCACUGUUCUCCAGAUGCUUAUGGGAGGAGGUGGAUCAUUCUCAGCUGGAGGCCCUGGAAAAGGAAUGCACUCGUGGCUCUAUCUCCGUAUUCUAAACAAAUAUCAGCAAGUUCAGUCAUGCACUGCUUUCACCAGCAUCUUCAACAACACCGGAUUGUUUGGCAUCUAUGGUUGCUCGACUCCUGAAUUCGCUGCAGAAGCAAUUGAAUUAGCAGCUGAAGAACUGAAAAAUGUUGCUGGAGGAAAAGUUAACCAGAAGCAUCUCGAUCGCGCCAAGGCAACCACAAAAUCUGCAGUUCUGAUGAAUUUGGAAUCUCGGAUGAUUGCAUCAGAAGACAUUGGCAGGCAGAUACUUACAUACGGAGAAAGGAAACCAGUUGAUCAAUUCUUGAAGACAGUAGACCAACUAACCUUGAAGGACAUUACAGAUUUCACCAGCAAAGUUAUUUCAAAGCCUUUAACAAUGGGUGCCUUCGGAGAUGUGUUGGGUGUUCCAAGCUAUGACACAGUAAGCAGCAAAUUUCAUUGA